AUGCUCCUUACGCCAGUAAUUUCGUCGCGCACUCCCUCCGUCCGUGGUUCCGCCAAGAAGGCUGCCAAAGGGCAACGUCUCGUCAAACCCAAAUUUGACUUCUAUCUCGUCCGUGGGACGGACGAGCGCAUUCAGCGCGACCUUUCGCGUACCAUCAAGCUAGCCGACGAACAAGGCAAAGUCUCAACAUCGAGGAGCUCGGCUACUACGGGCUUCUCGCCGCUACUCUGGCUCGGUGGUAAAGCAGCCAAGCACUCAACGUCGGCCAAAUCUCGGCAAGACGCCCCCGAAGACUUGUUUGUUCUGCUGAACCGUGACUCCAAGCGUUACGAGAGGGUUAUCGCACGCACCACGAGCAAGUUUGACAUUGACGAAGACUGA